ACCCGCGGCCAGUCCCGGCUUCGCGCCCGCCCCGGCCGGUCAGUUGCGCGCGCCGCUCGUGGUGGAAGCACUGAUCUCUCCGUCAGCGCCGUGGCGCAGUGUUCCGCGGACCAACAAGCGAGAGGCGACUAGCGCGGGCCAGCGAGGCCUCUUGUGGCAUCGACGAGCUGUGUGGCGUGCGAGUGCGAACGACGCAGGACAAGCAGCAGCGCCCGGAGACGGACGGGCCUGGCGCGGCCGGGCGCCCCGCGGCCGCCUGUAUGGGUCUGGUGUGCUCAGGAGGCCAGAAUCAGACCUAAAUACGUGAACGGUGCGAACAUCGGCAUCCCCAUGGUGUCGUGAUCAUCGGAGCGCCGCAAAGGCCGAGGACGGCACACGCAAAAUGCGACCGGUCGUCAUGACAGCAAUAGUGGUUUUGUUGGUGUCGGCUACGGUAGGCGGCGAGGGCAGCGGAUCAUUGUCUCAGAUGGAGACUGCACUAUCCAGUCAGCGUUCCCGACCAACGCAUCGGCAGAGGCAUCGGCACGGGAGCAGCCACCUCAGGCACAGUCGCCGCCGGAGCCCACAGCUGCCCGUCUCUGCUCCGCUCCAGCUGCCCAGCGACCUCCAGGAGUCGGGCGAGCGCAUCGAGCUCGAGCACGGCCGUCGCCGCUACGCCCAGCCUUCGGGUGACUUCUCCGUCUGCUGCCCGGCGGUGGAGGAGCGCACCAGCCCCAAGGCGGGCACGCGGCGCGACGGCAGCCUGGCGCUGCUCUACGCCAGCGACGAGUUCAAGCAGGUGUUCUUUGAACGCUCGUGUGACACUCGGGGCCCUCAGCCGCUGCCGCGCCGCCGCCACCGGUGCGCGCAGGAGUACUCGUACUCGUACGCAGUACUGGACAUCAGUGGCAACAAAGUAUUGGACCUUAUCCGAAUACGGAGUGGGUGUCGGUGUGAGGUGAAACGCCGCUCAAACCGGCGCCGGAAGAAGCGGAGGCGAGACCGCAACAAGCGGGCAGAGAUCCGCCGCAAACGGCGACGCCAGCGAGGGUCGCAAUCUCAGACGAACGCUCGCAACGCGUCAUAGCUUUAUAAUAAUUAUGUGAUGGUGUUUGGCUGCAAGGCGUGUCUGACAUGUGAAUAACAAGUAUCUCGGCCA